AUGACGCCAGCGACCCCGGCCAACGCGCGUGCUUUGGCGCAAGCCGCAGUUGCCAACAUCCGGGCCACCACGGCACAAGCAUUGGCCCAGGAGAAGCAAAGCCAGGCUCCGGCAGCUGCUUUGUUGGAGCCAGCCACGAAGAAGGAGGCGAAGACUAGUGGCUAUGAGAGGCCGACCACGCUCACAGAGGCGGAGCGCGCAGUGUUGGGACCUGAGAACGUGGGUCUGGACGAGGAGGAUGAGGAAGAUCAACAUGAGGAAAAACAUGAGGUCUUUCUGGCAGACCCGAGGCCUGAAGAGGCCGGACGCCACCUGCUCGAUCCCCUGCUGCUGGCGCUGCUGAGGGCUCCCCAAGUGCACGCGCAGCCGGCGCUGGCGGCGGCCUUGGGGUUCUUCGGGAUGGAGCUGGUGGUGGAGCUGGUGGAAGAGAGCCUAGGAGCCGGAGAAGAAGGAUUGAGGACACCGGGAAGUGGAGUGCGCCUCAGCGCACAGCUGCGGACCGAGUUGCAGACCUCCGAAGCGGCGCUUCGUGGGGCGACCACGUCGAGCGCGGAGGAGGUGGUGGCCCUGCAGGCAUGGCGUGGUGGAGCGCUGCUGAGGCUGAGAGAGUUGGAACGGCAGGUGGCCUGGAGGGUCUUAGGGAUUCCGCGCCGCACCGCGGAUAUCUCCGCCAUUGGGAAGGCCUUCAAACGCCGCGCAUUGCAGCUCCACCCUGACAAGGGUGGCGACCAACUGCAGUUUCAACUGCUACAAGAGAUGAAGGGUCUCCUGAUGCCCGAGCCGCGCACAUCGAGCUCUGCACGAAGAAGUGCGUCGCGUGAGCGUGAGGGCGAGGACACGGACGAGGAGAUCGAGGAGCUCUUGCGGGCAAGGCGGAGGUUGGAAGAGCCAGAGGAGCCAGUGGAGCUGAAGGCGGACUUGUCGGUGACACGGCUGAAGCUGCACCGGGCGGUUCUGGAGAUCUGGGAGCGCUCCAAGCGCUUGGAAGCGCAGCUCGGGGCUUUGAACGGUGCAGCACCAAGCGGCUCGGGGGGUGAAGGCGAUGUGACGGAUGAGGAGUCGGUACAGGACAUCCUCCAGCAGCUCGGUGCGCUCAGCGCGCACUCCGCCGAGCGGACAGGCGCUGCAGCCUUGGCCGCUCCGGCGACGCUGACGCGGGGCCAGCUGGAGCGCCUUAAGGAGCUUGCAUCCAAGGUCGCCAGCUUCAUGACGCCAUCAGCGCCUGACGGGCGCGAUUCGCUGGACGCCCUCGCUCCGGUGAGGGGGGAGCGACCCCCGCGCUGCUCGGCGCAGGCGGAGGAGGAGGUCUUACAGGUGCACCGAGCUGUAAGAGAAGAGGUGGCAGCAGUUGCUGGUGGCCCUGCUGGGGCCGCUGGCGCCGCAAGCGCUGGCUACAAGGCUGGAGCACACCACGGCGCAGGCUGCGUGUGCACCAUGUGCCUACGGCGGCGCUGGGGCUUCCGAAGCUGA